AUGACGGCAGGACCACAACACCGUCAACAGCAGCAACCGAUGACGGCAGGACCACAACACCGUCAACAGCAGCAGCCGAUGACGGCAGGACCACAACACCGUCAACAGCAGCAGCCACCGGCAUUUGGACGAUCGAGGGAAGCUGUAUACGACGCUCGCGGAGCUAUACCCAAGCAAGGGCAGACGGCUGCCUGGCAAGAGACGCGGCCGACUCCACGAGUCCCACCGAAGCCACCCCGGAGAGCACCCGAUCCAGCCGAGAGCUUUUUCAACAGUCCAGACGGUUCCACCGAGACUGAGGAAAUGCGUAGAGAUGACUGCGUUGAGUGCGCGCGUGCCGAUCCGUGGACACCGCCUCCGCGCUGCCCAGUGCCGCCGCUUCAGUGCCGAUCCGUGGACGCCGCCUCCGCGGUGCCCAGUGCCGCCGCCCGAGCUGAGAGCCCAGAGCCGCAGCGUGCCGCCUUAGUACCGCCCGUGCCGCCACUUCAGCGCCGUCCGAGUUGGGAGCCGCAGCGCCGCCGCCCACGCCACCUUAGCACCGCCAGUGCCGCCGCUUCAGUGCCGAUCCGUGGACACCGCCUCCGCGCUGCCCAGUGCCGCCGCUUCAGUGCCAAUCCGUGGACACCGCCUCCGCGGUGCCCAGUGCCGCCGCCAGUGCCCCGCCUUAGCACCGCCCGUGCCGCCGCUUCAGCGCCGUCCGAGUUGAGGACCCAGAGUCGCCAGGACAGCGUGCCGCCGCUCCGACGCCGAAGCCGCCAAGGGCUAGUCCGCUCCGACCUCCAACAAAGUGUGGCUUCAACCACUACAUCGACGUCUACGUCAUCAAGUGGCAAGUCUCAGGUUCGGGUAUGUAUCAAUCGCCUUAAAAUUGAGGAUACUUGUCUUAUGCAAGAAAGUAUUAAGAAGUUUGUACAAAAGUCACCAGAAUUGGCUAGAAGUUUGGGGUUACUACAAGAAUCAACUCAACCAUUUGAAACCUUGAAAAUGCUGCCUAAAUUUCCGGACCUGGUAACUUCGAGCGGUGAGACCCUUGUUAUAUCUUCGGCAGAUUCAUUUUCUAGCAUAAAAGCAGAUGAAAAGAAUAUUUCUGGUAAACGAAAACAAGCUAUAUCAAUUGGUGAUAUCCCACCGGAACAAGUUUUCUCUAAACCCAAAGUUCGCCGUGUCGAAAGAAUAUUGCCUAUAUCAAAUCAACAAUUUCUGAAGGAUGAAGUAACUAGAUCACAAACAUAUCAACAAUUUAUUCGAAACAUGGAGCAAAUAAUUGAAAUAUUAGACGAUACCGAGUCUCCCAAUUUUGAUUCAGAAGACGUCGACGAGAAUAUUGAGUGUAUAUCACCAAAGCUUCUUAACAUAAUGAGUUCUGACGUUGCCAAACUUAAAGCCAAACAAGCUCUGGAUACCAUUCCGAAAAAUAAACUAACCCUUCUUAUUAACUAUGCAAUGCGCAACGUUUAUUUAGCCAGAAACUACUUUGCUGGACCGGAAGACGAAGAGGAAAUUGUAGACGAUGAAGUCAUAGAAAAAAUAUUAAACGCUAUGGAUGCGUGCUUACUUAUAUGUAAUAUAUAUUCAACAGUGACGGAUCUUAAGUUCUUACAGGAGGAUAAUAUUUCACAUAUUAUAAAAUUUGCACAAUUUCAAUUACGAGAGACAAUAUUUCCUCUCCACGAUCCUGUUUAUACAGUAAAAAGUUUAAAAAAAAGCCAUCCACGUAAAAAAUUAAAGUCGAACCAAGCUCAGAGUAGGAGUCUGCAACUCUUUUACUCAAAGACCGUCGAGCUUUUAAAAGUUUUUGUAACACUAUUUGAUAAGUGUAUUUUUGUUGAUACAAUAGUCUUGCCAUUAUCCUCACUAGCUAUUGAACCUUUUUUUGUCGACAAUAUAGAAACAGUGCAAUUCGUUUGUUUGGAACUUGUAACCACAAUAUUUCGCAAGGAAAGAUAUGAUAAAAUAAGAAACAGUAUCUUAGGAGAUAUUUUAUCUUCAAUUGAUCGCUUACCUUCAUCGAAAAAAAAUCUACGACCGUACAAACUUACAAAUAAUGGUGGAAAUAUUCAAAUGGUUACAGCCCUUGUACUGCAAUUAAUUCAAUGUGCUACUAUAUUACCAGACUCACUUUGUGAUAAUGGAAAGCUUAUUAAUAAAACUCAAAUGAUUAAUUUGGCCGACAAUCUUUCAAGCGGAGCUAAAAAAGUAGUAAAACCUAAUACGGAUAUAUUGGUUUUAAAAAAGUAUGAUGUCGCUGUCAGUAUCGGAGGAAAUUUUUUAACAACUUUUUUAAAUAAAUGCAAAUCUCGGUCAAAUGAAACUGAUUUUCGACCUCUCUUUGAAAAUUUCAUUCAUGAUUUGCUUGCAACUGCCAACAAACCCGAAUGGCCCGCAUCUGAAUUGCUACUUUCACUUCUCGGAACAAUGCUAGUUCGCUAUGUUUCUGAUAAAAGUAUAGAACAAAGUAUUCGCUUGGUCUCUUUAGAUUACCUUGGAAUUGUGGCUGCACGAUUACGUAAGGACACUGUUGAAUCUCGAUGUAAGGUUAACAUAAUAGAUUCUAUGAUUAAAUCAAUACAAAAAGAACAGGAAAAGGAAGGCGAUUUACCUUCUCAAUCGGAGUUACAUGGCGAGGAUCAAAGAACAGAAUUCCUGCAAAAAAUGCUUCUCGAUUUCUUAGCUGUAAAUGCUGAGGAAGAAAAUUUAAUAUGGGAUUAUGCUCGACACUUUUACUUGGCACAAUGGUAUCGGGAUAUUAUUUACCAGAGGAGAAGGAUAACAAAUGAUGAUAAAGGACAGAUUUUUAAAAAAUCCAAAUGUCAAAGUACUCGGAGAAGUGGUGAAUAUUUGGAUACAUCAGAUUCUGGAUCAUGUGAUGAAACCGAUACUGAAGGAUUACAAAAAAAUGACAAUUUAACAAAUAAUGUUAUGGAUUUGGAAUUAAAAGUCGAGAUGUUUAAUACAUUGGAUGCCAGAAAACAAUAUUUGAUCAGCAAAAUAAAGCCAUAUUCAAUAUCUGGCGAACAAAACCUAAUAUCCAAUCAGCACAUAAAGACAUACAUAGAUUAUAAUAAUGCACAGCUUAUUGCGCAAUAUUUAGCUACCAAAAGGCCUUUCAGUCAAUCAUUUGAUGGAUGCUUAAAGAAGAUUAUAUUAGUCGUUAAUGAACCGUCCAUAGCAGUAAGGACACGUGCAAUGAAAUGUCUUGCAAAUAUUGUAGAAGUUGAUCCAUUUGUGUUGAAACGAAAAGAUAUGCAAAUGGGUGUAAACCAAAAAUUCCUAGAUACAGCUAUUUCAGUUAGAGAAGCAGCUGUAGAUUUGGUUGGAAAAUUUGUACUAAGUAAUCAAGAAUUAAUUGAUCAAUAUUAUGACAUGUUGUCGACACGAAUAUUGGAUACUGGUGUUUCCGUACGAAAAAGAGUAAUUAAAAUUUUGAGAGAUAUCUGCAUCGAGUAUCCAGACUUCGGUAAAAUUCCAGAAAUUUGCGUUAAAAUGAUACGGCGUGUUAACGAUGAAGAAGGCAUUCAAAAACUUGUAACUGAAGUUUUUAUGAAAAUGUGGUUUACACCAUGCAUCAAAAAUGACAAACACGGCAUACAGCGGAAGAUUAAUCAAAUUAUAGAUGUGGUAAAUACGGCGCAUGAUACUGGAACAACGUGGUUGGAAGGUCUUUUAAUGAGUAUCUUUAAACCAAAGGAUAAUUUACUGAAGUCUGAUGGAAGUGUUAAUGACCCUAUAAAAAAGAAUACGGAACCUCCACAGGACAUCAUAUUAGCUUGUCAACAAUUAGCUGAUGGAUUGGUUGACAGACUAAUAGAAUUAGAAGACACUGAUAAUUCACAAAUGUUAGGGUGUAUAACUACACUACAUUUGCUAGCUAAAGUACGACCCCAAUUGCUGGUCAAACAUGCUAUGACGAUUGAGCCUUACCUGAAUAUAAAAUGCCAUUCUGCAACAGCCGCUAAAUUUAUAUGUUCAGUUGCGGACAUUCUUGAAAAAGUGGUACCUCUCGUUAAUAAUGCGAGCGAAUCUUUUUUGGCAGCAUUGGAAGAGCACUUAAUGCUACUGGUCGUUUCGAGAAACCAAGCAGAAGUAACUAGUUGUGUAUCAUGUCUAGGUGCACUUGUGAAUAAAAUAACACAGAAUUACAAGCUGAUUCGAGACUGUUUUCAAAAGUUUUAUCGAGUACUUGAUGUUUCCCGAAGUCAAGUAGUUCAAAAAAACUACAGUGUAGAUAGUAUUUACACUCCUAGUUUUCGGCGAAGUCUUUUUACGAUUGGAAUUUUAAUGCGCUACUUCGAUUUUAAAUCGUCCAGUGCUUUAGGUGCCAAAAAUGGUGAACUAUCUGCAUCGAUAUGUGAUGAUGUAUUUGAAUGCUUAAUGUUUUUCUGUACGUGCGCAAAUCUAGAAAUUCGAAAGCAAGCGCUGAUCUCACUUGGGUCAUUUUGCGUUUUAAACGACGAAUAUCUAACUAGAAUAGAGCUUAAAAAUUAUUAUUGCGAUGUAUUAAGGUCAUCAGCAAACGAUUCCGGUUUCAAGAUAAUUUGCAUGCGUAAUAUUUGGAUUUAUUUGACUGAAUCUGAAAUGUUUAUGCACAAUAAAGAAAAAGAAUGGGAAAAGCAAUCAAAGCAUGAAGAUCUAAAGGAAAUGAACGACGUUUCAUCUGGAAUGGCAAGUCGAAUUAUUCAACUUUAUUUGGAAGAAGUACUGGAAUGUUUUUUGAAUCAGGAUGACUCAGUGCGUUUAUGGGCCGUUAAAGUAAUUCAGAUUGUUCUUCGUCAAGGAUUAGUUCAUCCUGUUAGAAUGGUUCCAUAUUUGAUAUGCUUAAGCACUGAUCCAAAAGUAGAGUCUGCACACAGAGCUGAUGCCCUUUUAAAAGAUAUCGACAAAACUUAUUCUGGUUUUGUAAAUAUGAAAGUGCAAUUUGGGUUGCAUCUUUGCUUCAAGCUACAAAAAGUUCUCCAAAUUAACAACAGAGGAAAACUCGAUAUUAUUCGAGGUUAUGCGAAACGCGGAACAGAUCAGGUAACAACAUCAUUAAACGAUUUUCUUUAUACCUUAUUACGCACUACUAAGCCACAAAGACGUGCCUUGGUGCAAACUGUUACAAAACAAUUUGAUGAUCAAAAAACUUCCCUACAACAAAUGUUGUACAUUGCCGAUAAUCUGGCUUACUUCCCAUAUGUGGUUCAAGAUGAGCCUCUAUAUCUAAUACAUCAAAUAGAUCUACUCAUAUCAAUGGCAGGAACGCAUUUACUUGCGACUUUUAAAGAGCACCUAAAACCAAGCGACAAAGAAGGAGAUGUAUUAGAUGAUGACGAUGACUUGGAAGAUCCGCAAGUUUUGUUUGAUCGCUUGCCUGAAGAUAUGACCGAAAUAAAAAAAUGUAUAACAUCUGCUCAAGCGUGUAUGCUUCUACUAAUACUAAAGGAUCAUUUAAAGGAUAUGUAUGGAAUUACCGAUAGUAAAAUUUCAAGAUAUUCUCCCUCUGAACAGAAGAUUUAUGAAAAGGCUGUUACGCGUAGAUGUGUUACUGACUUUAAUCCAAAGACAACUAUUGAUGUCAUUAAAAAACAAAUGGCACAACAGGUGUUAAGCCCAGAACUCAAUUACCCUUCUAGACCUCUGAAUACCGAGGAAAAAUUGGACCUUGUUGUAAAAUACCUUGAUUUUAAGAAACUUAUGUUAAAACUGGACCCAGAAGAAAGAGAUUCUGAUGCUGAGGAAUUACGUGAAAAAUCCAUCUUAAAUAACUCGACUGAAUCUGACAAUAUCGUGUACAUCAAUUCAACUAAGAAAUCCCUUAUCUCAGGCGAUUGCUUAAACUUAAGUCACAUUCACUCGUCUACUAUAUCGGAUACAUCAAAGGAAGAAGCUCCAGAUGUACCCAUGACUCACAUUGGAAAGUCAACGAGUUUACUUGCGAAACCAAGUGCUCGUAAACCAUAUCAAGUACGGGCUAAAAGAAAACGAAGGAAAAUUGAAUCAUCUGAUGAUGAAAACAGCAAUGAAGAUAUUGCGUGAGCGCAUAAGUUUUCUAUGUUAUGCUAUAGGAUGGCUAUAAUAAACAAAUUGUCAAAAAUAUUACAUGUACAAUAAGUAAUAAUGAAAAGUUCAUAUAUAAUUCUAAUUAAAGAUAUAAAAUAAGAAUCUGAAACUUAAAUUAAUUAGUCAAUAAUUUCCUUUGAUGAGAGGUUUAAAAUUACGCUGUGAAUUUGAAUUUCUUGUAUAUCUUAUUUCAAAACAAAAUAAAAUAAAAAAGAUUAUAACUUAAUCUAAACCGAGUUAUGAAUGCAAAAUAACACUUUUAAAAAAUAUGACAUGUAUAGAAUCUAUUGUUUAAAUACUUACAGUAAUAUAAAAAGUACACAACUGCAGCUCAUAAAGCACCACUGGUAAAUAUAUUCUGGUUACAUCAAAAAAGUGUUGUAGCUACGUUUGCAGUCUUUAAAUUAACUAAUAAGACUAAUUCCUUAAAACAUUAUAUGAGAAAAUAUCUUAAAU